CCACACCACCACCUCUGCUCUUUCUUUGUUCACUUCACAAACUUCAGUCACACUCACUUCCUGACUACAGAUUGAGGAAGUGAAAGUAAACUUGAGUCUGUUAUUCCACCUCUGCAGAAAACCCCCGCAGACACAUCUGGUGCAUGCAGAACAAGUGCAGACACUGGUGUCAGGAGCAGGGCAGCAUCUGUCCCUGCAGCUGUUCUGGGUGUAGCUGCAUGUUUCCUUCACAGCCUCAGCGGGUCAUGAGCUCCUCUCUGUCCGAGCUGCUGAGAGACGCGCCGGGGAGGCAGCGACAGGAUGGACCGGGACGGACCCCGCAGACACCCCGCAGGAGCCGCGCUGACACCGGGACUGAGGGGAGUGCUCGGUGCCGCAAACACGACAGCCCGCUGGAUGUUUACUGCUGCACCGACGAGGAGAUCAUAUGUGCGGUGUGCGCUUCGCAGGAGCACCGAGGACACAGGAUCGGCUGCGUGGGAGAGGAGCGGAGGAGGAAACAGAAGGAGCUGAUGAAGAUCCAGACAAAGUCCAGAGAGAUUCUGAACCAUCAGAAGAGGAAAUGUAGAAACCUGAAGGAGAUCCUGGAACAGAUUCAGGAGGAGGUGAGACAAACGGCAGACUACUGUGAAGCCGUGCUGGUCAGUGUCAUUGACUCCCUGCAGAGACAUUACCUCUCAGUGAGGGAUCUGAUUGAAGCUCAGGGGGAGGCGGUGGAGGCUAAGGUUCACGUCUCCGUGCAGACCCUGGAGGCCGAGAUGGAGGAGAUGGAGAAGCGGGAUGACGAGCUGGAUCGUGUUGCACGGAUGGACAGCAAUGUUUGUUUCCUGCAGAAAUGGCCGUCACUGCAGCGUCUCUUUGAAGAAGACUACCUCCACCCGGUAGACGAGGUCUCAGAGGAUCGACUCCUCCCCUUCCAGCUCACAAAGGGAGCUGUGGAAUUGCUCGGGAGGCAGCUGGAGGAAUUUUGCCACUAUUCAUUUUCUUCAAUUUCUGUGAAUGCUGACAGAGGAGAGCAACAGGAAUCAGAAGAGGAGACAGAGGACACAGACUUGGAGCAUGAACAUGAAGCUAGUGUCUCACAGUCCAACAAUUCCUCAGCAGGUGACAGCUCCCUGACAGAACAGACCGAGGAGCCGACGACCAGAGCAGAGUUUCUCCACUAUGCAUGUGAGCUCACCCUGGACCCCACCACGGCUCACGAGGACCUGGUCGUGUCUGGGGGAGACAAAGAGGUCAAGCCGAACACUCAGAUAUCAAGGAGCUCGGUUCCACCAUUCCGCCACCCGGAGAGGUUUAUCCACCGGCGGCAGGUGCUGUGCAGAGAGGGACUGCAGGCCGAGCGCUGCUACUAUGAAAUCGAGGUGGAAGGCGACAAGGUGGAGAUCGCACUCGUCUACAAAGGUAUGGAAAGAAAAUCUCGGACAAAGCUGUCUGCCUUUGGGGCAAAUGCGAACUCCUGGAGCCUUGAUCGAUCUGCACACUACUCAGUGAGUCACAACAGCAACAGCGUUCAGCUCACAAGGUGCCCCCAUCAUCACAGGAUCGGGGUUUAUCUGAAGUUCAAGGAGGGGACUCUGUCCUUCUACGAGGUGUCGGACAGUAUGAUCUUUCUUUACAAGAUGGAGGCUGAAUUCACGGAGCAGCUGUAUCCAGGCUUCUGGCUCGGAGACAAAUGUUCCAUCAGGAUCUGUGAUUUGACACAGGACAGAUGAUGAAGGAUUCAGAGGUUUAUAAACACCCAGUGCAAGUUUAUUCACAUCCAAGUUUCUUGUAAGAAACUACUAUGCAUUGUUUAUUUUAUGAUUUAUUCCUUUUGCUCAGCUAUGUGCUUUUCAUCACUUUGAUUUUAUCAGU